UCAAACAGAAACAGGAAGUAAAAAAGGAAAGACCAUAACUCUGCAUUACAAACAUCCGAUCUGAAGAGGUUAAUAAAAAUCAGUUUGCUUAUUUGAAACCAAACAAAGAAUGUUUCAAGCACCAGAGUACAUCGAGUCAGUGUCAGUAUUACUGUCAGAUGUUCUUUCUGAUAUAGGAGUAGAUGAGAGGAUUGUACUUAAGAGAAGAAGGGCAGCUUUACUUGCUGAAUCUAUGGAAACAAGAUCAAUACAACUACAGGGUGACAAUGCUACAGCAUACUGCUUUGGCAGCCAGUCAGAGGGCACGACAACACUGCAACUUGAUUCAGACAUUGAUCAACUAUGGUGUUUCAAUGACUAUAAUGUGAUACAAGAUAGAAGUGACUGGAAACCAGGUGUAGCAAAUUAUCUGAUGAUCCAGGAUGAUACUGUAUCACCUGGCUAUUGUCUUCUGCAACGUCUGAGAAAUGAUACUCCACUUCCGUAUCAUACUUUUCAUGAUAAAUAUUUUUCCAGUAAAAGAAAAGGAAAAGUAUUGGGUGAAAGAAAAGGAAAAAUAUUGAUACAAAAUACAUUCUUGUCUGCAGUAGCAGGUGCUGUCCAUGGAGGAGUAAGACACGGUCCAGCACAAACAUUACCAGAACAACCUGGGCACAGCAAUGUGGACAUUGUUCUUGCUUUCCACUGUAAAUCCUGGCCUCUACAAGCAAGGCAGUGGCUAGACUGGCAAGGUGUGGGUCAGUGGCCUUCAGCUGACAUGAGAAGAUACUGUGGCAGUACUGGAUGUUUCCUCGUUGCUGUUGGAAGCAAGGGCAGUCAACACGAGGAACUUGAAUGGAGAAUAUCAACAUCCCUAGCAGAAAGAUGCUUGAUGUUCAAUCUCAAUAUUACACAGAUCCGAUGUUAUGUCUUGAUGAAGAUAAUAUUGAAAACCUUUAUCAAGCCAUAUUUUGAAGAUACCAUUUCAAGUUUCAUGUGUAAAACAGUUAUGUUUCACUGUAUUGCAAAUACACAUUCAAACAUCUGGAAAGAAAAUAACAUACUUGGGUGUCUGUCAUUGUGUUUAUUUGUCCUACACAACUGUAUUUUGAAUGAAAAUUGUCCACACUUUAUCAUGCCUGGAAACAAUUUGAUGAGAGGAAAUAUACCACACACAGAUAAACCUUAUAUUCUGCAAAAAAUAUGUGAUGUUGUAAGUGGUAGGUGUAUAGCAUUAUUGGAGAUUGAGUGUGCAAGUCUUGGUUUAAGGCUUCAGCUUAAAAUGAAUAAUUUAAGCUCAUUCAAAUCAAGUGAUAUUGUUUCAGGAUAUAUAUUAAAGACACUUGCACGUGAAACUGAUUUUAUCAUAAGGUCUUGUAUAAUUUCUAUCAGCAACAGUAGUAACGAAGAAGCUGUACAAACACUGCUGAAGUAUAUUUUUAAAUUAGUUGAUACUUCUCAUCACUGUGUAGGAGUGGACAAAACAGCAUGCCGUCUUUUUGCACAAAGGUUCUGUACAUCCCUGGGAUCUGCCCUAGCAUCCCACAGCAUUCAUUUGGACAAUGCAGUAUCAGCAGAAGCUCUCACCUGGAUCACCUUGGGUUUGAACACAGACGUUUCAUCUGGUAAACUGAAGCUUGCAUCAAUCUAUUACUGUGUAGGGAAUAAUCGGAAAACAGAAAUUACACUUAGGAAUAUUGAAAGAAGCUAUGACCUAAACACUGUUGAGCCUAUUUGUGGUUGCCAUCUUUACAUCAAUCAAGCUCCAAGAAAAGGAUUUAACACAGUAUCUAAUGAUCAUAAUGAAGAAGCUAUACAGCACAUUACAGCAUUCUGUGUUAAAUUUCUGCCAUAUGAAAUAAAAUGUGUUCCACAUGAACUACAGUAUGAAAUGUUUAGAUCUUCGAAAGACACUCUACAUUUCAGACCCCCAGAUGACUACUGGAUAAAAUUGACUGUGGUUGAUUCUCUCCCUUACCUCUACUUUCUACAAUACAAGACCUAUAGAUGUCUUGGGAGACAAGAUGAAAAGAAAAGAGCACUAUCUACCCUUCUCAGGACAAUUGACCGAGAACCAGAUCUUGGACACAGGGAAACAGCCUUAAAUUUACUAGGACAAUGCAUGGAACAAGAGGACCGGGCUGAAGAUGCUUUGCGCUGCUAUUUAUUAUCCUUAAGGAGGUAGGUUACCUUUAUAUUUGUAUGUGCGCAUGUCCAACCGGAAGCUAGCGUGACGAUUUACGACGACGUUUACGACAAACUAAAUGUCUUUGUAUAUUCAUUCUUCUGAAAACAAAUCAUAGACCUGUCUUCGAUCUGACGCUUUAUGGUUAAAUAAUGCAGAAAUAAUGAAUAAAUUGCCGCAGAAACGCUUCAAAACAAUGUUGCCUUAAAAUGACGUCAUUGACGUCAUGACGUUACGUGUCAGUUACCGCGCAAAAUUAACAGCUUUUAUCUUGAAAGUACGUAAUUCUGUGCAUUUUCUUUAUUCAAACUAUUUUCAAAUAACCAUUAUUUGCUGAAAUAUUUUUUAUGAGUCUUUUGCUCUGAAUAAUAAUCAAUAUUUUGCUUCUUUUAUGUAGUUAUAUUGAAAUGUU